AUGGGAACAUACCCAACAAGUGAUAAAGCAUAUUUUACUGAAAGAAUCAAAGCAUCUAUAUCUAUGAUUAACCCAGAAUGGCUACCUAUAGUUAACGAAGGAAAACAUUCAAGUAGAUUUGGAUAUGACAAAUUCACUAUAUUGCAAAAUGUGCAGAAUUAUUAUCUCACGGACGACCAACUUACUAUUUCUAUUAGUGUGGCUAUUGAACAAACAACCAAAAACUUACUAAAUGGACCCCGCUCAUACCCACAGCUUCUAGCUCUCACGUUCCAUGACCAAGAUAUCAAAAAUUUGCAAGAUGUUACUAUACAUGUAUUUAAGAACGAAAAGGAUGAACCGGACGAAAAGAAAAGCAAUCUCAACCACGGUUCAACUGGCAGCACAAACGAAAAUGAAAACAAGAAGGUGGAAGACACUGAAGGAACAAUAUCAAACGAAGAGGCUACACUACAUGGUCACAACUUUAUUCUUGCUGCAGCAUCUCCGUGGUUUAGAGAUAUAUUCCUUAGUGGCAUGAAAGAAUCUACCGAAAAUGAAGUGAAGAUUCACGGCGUUGACCCAAAGAUAUUUAAAUUGAUUUUCGACUUUAGCUAUGGAAAUGAUAUAUAUAUAAAAGAUAGUACCCACGGUAUAAGCAUCAUCAAAGUUGCUGAUCGUCUCCAGUUCAAACGUAUCAAAGUCUAUGCUUUUUCAUGCUUGCGAGCUCAGAUCAAAAACUCCAACAUGUUUGAUAUCUGGCAAGCAUCAGACUUGUACGAUUGUGAUGAAACUCGAAAACUAUGCGAGAAAUAUAUGAGGAGUAACUAUGCCGAUAUAUUUGUGUCUCCAGAGUGGCUUGCUACCAGCGAUGUCUAUGCUCUCAAAGCAAUCAAGAUAGAUGGCUUAAAAGGGAUAGUUGAUGAGACAGUAUUUUACAAAGCGGUACUUGCAAGGAGAGAGGCCGCCACCCAGAAGGUGAUCGACUUACAAAAACUGAAAGAGGAAGAAUCAGGGGAUGAAGUCACUAAAGCACUACCUGGUACUCCCACUCCCAGUAAUGUAAAUAUAUACGAGAAAAUCCAAAAAGAAAUCAAAGAUAUUAAAGGUGCCAAAGGUGCCAAAGAUACCAAAGGAGAAAGCAAAGACAAUGACUAUACUACAGAUACCCAGACAGAGACAGAGACUGAAAAACUUGAAAGGCUGGAGAAUAUACGAUGGGAAAGAUAUAUUAAAGAGGAAUUGGAAGCUAUACAAAAGCACUUUGAGGUUAUGAUUUGUCACAUACGGUUCCCCCAAAUGGACAUAGAAUUUAUUGCAGAUACAGUUGAAAAAGAAGAUGCCGUUAUGCAGAUACCCGGAAUCAAAGACAUCCUAUUUGAAUCCUAUCGACACAAGGCCUUCCUUGGAAAGAGAGAAUUGUCAAAGAAGUAUCAAAGUCGAUCAAUUGAAUCAAGCUAA